ACCUGGAGACUUAGCUUGUGGCCUCCAUGAGCUCUAUCCACCUCUCUCUCACAGCCAGGUACAUCCCUUUCUUGCUUUCUCUAAUUUCUGGCCACUAGCCACCGGAGUCGGAUCUUGAAUCGGGCGGGCGGCUGGCCGGAGCAGCAGGAGGUGACGCCUGCAGGAUGCCACGGCGAGCAGCAGCCUGCUGUUGAUGCGAGAUUCCCGAUGGCGUCGCGCAGCGCCGCGCUCUGCUUCUCCGCCGCCGCAGUCGCCACCACCACGUCCACCGGCGGCAGGAGCAGCAGCCGGAAUCGUCUUUGGGUCGUCUGCUGCGACAGCAGCAGGAAAUCCGACCUGCUCUCUUCCUCCCUGGCAGCCAAGGUGCUGGGCGCCCCGACGACCUUCGACGCGGAGAAGCUCACGGUGCAGUUCGCCAGGCAGGACCACCACCGCCGCCCGGCGUUCCCCAGAGCCUACACCCUCAGCCACUGCGACUUCACGGCCAACCUCACGCUGGCGGUGUCGGAGAUCAUCACCAUCGACCAGCUCCGGCGGUGGCGCCCCGACGACGUCUUCGCCGAGUGGAAGCAGAUGACCAGCUGCUCCGGGGGCCGCGGCGCCGGGGAGAUGACCCUGCACCUGCACUGCCUCGUCAGCGGGCGCAACCCGCUGCAGGGGCUGGCGGCAGGGUUCAGGUACUACGUCUUCUCCAAGGAGCUGCCGCUGGUGCUCAAGGCGGUCGUGCACGGCGACGCCGCGCUCUUCGCCGGCCGCCCGGAGCUCAUGGACGCCCAGGUGUGGGUCAACUUCCACUCCGCAUCCACCAAGUACAACCGGAUCGAGUGCUGGGGGCCCCUCAGAGAAGCUGCUGAGAGGAAUCUGCUGGACGGGCGGCUCGACCAACUGCAGAGCGAGAUCAGCAAGAGACGAAGGAAAUGGAGCAUAUUCAACGCCCUCGUCUCGCUUUUCCUAUGAUCCAAUCCAUCCCAUCCCAUCCCAUCCCAUCCGGGUAUAUAUGUACAUUGAGUCAUUGAGAUUUAAGAGAUAGGGUAAACGAGCAUUGCAUUGUAAGUAAGAAGGAAAGAGGGUCCCAACAAUCUUUCAUUCUUUGCUGCGCGCGUCUGUCUGGUCCUUCCUUGACAAGCGAUAACUCUAGACGACCUUGCUCUUCAGAUGUAGCAGUCGAGUCGCCUUCUUGUUAAGCAAGCAUUCGAUCGAUUCCUUUGACUGUUGAAAUGAAUCAAGCUGACAUUUUCUUGUUUC